GCGGGCGAGGAGACACAGUCGUCCACCGGCGGUGAUCUCUGGCGAGUGUUCCCGGCGGAGAGAGAAACCUCCCCGGUCCCGUGCACCCGGUCCCGAACCCCAACCGAAUCCCCCGCGAAACCUUCCCUCUCUUUCCCGGACGAAUCCUCUGAUAAAUUCCCCCUUUAAUUAGGACAGGUACAAACCUCAUCUCCCUCUGACUAACGUUAUAAAAGGUACGCAUCGAGAGAGCGCAAGCAGAGAAUAAACUUCCUUUGCUUUCGCCCCUGCUUCACUGUGAAUCGCUCAUUUCGAAGGAUGUUCACUUGUUUCGAAGUGUGCGACUGAACGCGUCGCUGAAAACUGACGCUCGAUUUCUGGUGUUCUUGUUUUUUUUUCCAUUUUCUCUUUCGAUCAACGAAGAAAGUAAAAGUGCGUAAAUAAGUGGCUCCAGCUCUCGCGAAAGUUGAUAACAGAUUUGAAAUGAAACGCGAAAUAAGUGAAAAAGAAACAAAUCGCAGUUCGGUUCCGCAUUCAGGGAUGGCCGCCCCACCUCGCCCCUCAGCAAGGACCUCCUCUUCCUCCUCCUCUUCUUCCUCCUCCUUCCGCUCCUUCCCCUCCUCCUCCUUCUCUUCCUGCUUCCUGCUGAGGGCGUCGCGCUUGCUCGUGGUCGUGGCGCUGGUGUCGUGCCUCCCGCCCUCCGCCUCCGCCGCGUCCGCCGCCCGGAGAUCCAACUCUCGCUUCCUCAAACUCGGCGACAAGAACUACACUCGCGUUUACCGCGCCCUUGACGAGGGCAUGAGGAACACUCGGAGGCUCGAGGACGCCUACAGGAGCGUGGAGCAAGGCCGCGCCCUCAACGUCUUCGACGUGGCCCGCGCCAUCGUCCCAGAUAUGGACGAUAAUGAUAACUCUCACGAGGCGCUAGUCGUCCUUAUGAACGCACUCUUGCAAGACAAUGCAAUAGAUUCGAGCCUUAAUAACCACAUUGCCGGCGAGGACGCAGGGCAGGGCGCCCCCGGCUCCUCGCUGGCAGGUGGCGGGGGCGGCGACGGGCCUGAGUUCGCCCCGACGCCCGCCCCCAACGGCACGCAGACCCGCGGGAUCUUCGACUUCAUUCCGAAUCCUUUUGCGAUCCCGCAGAAGUGCUGGUACAAGAGCAACCAGUACGACUGCGGCCUGUCCGUGUCCUGCGUGUUCCAGGGAGCGAAGCCCGUCGACCUGUGUUCCGGGGGCAUGAUCUGGUCCUGCUGCGUGCCCCGGGACAAGGUCGAUCACGUCGACCAGAACCUCGGAGCGAUUGGAAAUGACGCUGGUCCCCACAACCAGUUCUCCGGUGGCAGCCGACCCAGCAUCUUUCGGCCGAACCCGCACAGACCCUUUGACAACCACAGACCUAGUAAUUUCGGUAACGAUGACGAUAGAUUAUUCCCAAACACUAGACCCCCCUCGAUUCUCAGACCGCAUAGACCGAGACCGUUCCCUCCCACCCGACCGCCCCCCCACGAGCACGACUUCGACUUCAAACGCCCCCACAACACGUUCACGUCCCGCCCUCACCACCCGAACGCCUUUGACAGCCGACCUUUCGAGCGGCCUGAGCCCGGCCGGCCGCCCCCGUCCUUCGUUUCCACGGGUCCCGAGGGCGCCUUCGUUAACCAGAGGGAGUGUGGAGAGACCUACGCCCGCACCAACAGGAUCGUGGGCGGCGGCGACUCCAGCUUCGGGUCGCACCCGUGGCAGGCGGCCAUCAUCAAGGAGUCGUUCCUGAGCAAGAGGAUCGCCUGCGGAGGCGCGCUGCUCAACAAGCGCUGGGUCAUCACCGCCGCGCACUGCGUCUACUCGACGCCGACGAGCAACAUGAAGGUACGGCUGGGCGAGUGGAACGUGCGCAAGCAGAACGAGCGGCUUCCGCACGAGGACUUCGAGGUGGUCCGGAAGGAGGUGCACCCGAAGUACCAGGCGGCCGACUUCCAGAACGACGUCGCCCUCGUCAAGAUCGGCCGCGACGUCACGUACAAGGAGCACAUCAUCCCCGUGUGCCUCCCGCAGCAGGGCGACGUGUUCACGGGCCAGUACGCCACCGUCACCGGCUGGGGCAGGCUCUCGCACGGAAUCUCCUCCACCCCCGAGGUCCUUCAGGAGGUGGACGUGGAGGUGCUGCAGAACGACGUGUGUCAGGAGUGGUUCAAGGAGGCCGGGCGCCGCGAGACCAUCCACGACGUGUUCCUGUGCGGCGGCUACAAGAACGGCGGGAAGGACAGCUGCCAGGGUGACUCUGGCGGGCCAAUGGUAGUCAAGAAGGACGGCAAGGCCAAUCUGGUCGGACUAGUGUCAUGGGGCAUCGCUUGCGGAAGAGCCAACCUGCCGGGCGUUUACACGAACGUGACAAUGUUCCUUGGAUGGAUCCAGGAAAAGAUGAAAGACUGAGACUCCCCGAGAAAAAAGAACGAGAAACAACCAGACUUGACACAGCUAAAGGAAAAUACGACUGAGACUACCAGAAAAAACAGUAACAGCCACUAAUGAAAGACUUUUAGGAUUCUUACAGACAUACUGGGACUUUGUUUUCCAUUCUUAUUAAGGUAACGCAGGGAAUGUGGGUCACGUGUCUAGACGACUGACAAUAUUGAUACAGAGUUCCCACUCCCUUCACAUGGAUGGUUCAAAGGACUGUUUUUUACUGUAAAUUGUAGUAUUAUAUCUAGAUGAAAGCCAAGAAAGAGUAUUAAUAUGCAUCAUUUACAGUUUUGAUAAGAAGUUCUAUGACCAUUGUAAUUAUCAGUUCAAUAAUUCGUUUCUUAAUGUCUGGCUCUAUUAUGAUCAUCUGUUUAUGAAUAAUGUUCAAUUAGGAACAUUUAUGAACACAUGACAGCCAAAUUAAUAGCCAGAGAAAUUCGUGUGGGAGUGACUCCACGUUCCCUGCAUUGCACCCGUACAUAUUUUGUUUCUUGUUUUGUUUUUUGUUUUUUGUUGUAUUUAUGACGCUACUUAUUUGUUGCUGUCCUGUGAGCUAUGCUUGCGCGCCAUACUUUAUUUAUUGUAUUAUUUAUAUAAGAAAGUCUAUAGAUAUUGUUCAAGUAAUUUAGACAGUAUUUGUCCUCAUAUCACACUUAGCUGAACUGCACUCUGCACCGUCCCUAAGUGUAAUAAUGAUGUUUCACUUACAUUUGCACUCAUAUUAUAAAUUUAAUCACCAGUAGUUAAACACAGAUAUAUAAUCAUAUAUUCAUGUGUGUCCAUUGUUUCCCAUUUCUGUAUCAUGCUAACAUUCAUUGUAUAAAGUGUUUGUUGUCAUUAUUAUUAUUGUUAUUGGUGGUGUUAUUAUUAUUAUAAUUACUAUUAUCAUUAUUGUUUUGUUUUUUAGUAUUAUUGUCAUUACUACUGCUGUCCAGAAGAUUCAUUUAAUUUUCUAUUUUUUUCUUUUUAAUUAUCACAUGACGAUUACUCUUGAUUAUCUUCUUGAACUCUUCCUUUAUUCUAUUUUGUUGUCUUCUUUAACUGUAUCUCUCUUUUUUGUACUAUUAACAAAAUACCCUUAAUGACCGUAUUGUAUAUCAUGCUAGAGGUUGUAGUAUUUCAUAUUCACUAUAGCAGGUAAUGAAUGCAAUUGAUUCGAGAAACAAAUUUCAUUGCUACGUUCCUUAAAAUGCACAGAUCACUUUUAAAAACAUUUUCAAUCUGUAAUGUAGUAUAACAAAAUUUCACCGGUAAGUAGUAAAUUUCCAAUUGUAUUUCUCUUUAGUCUAGGCUAUAUUCACACAUGCAACCAUUUUCUCUUCAAUGAUUUUUAACCCGUUUUCUUUGACGCUCAGGGUGACUCGGGUAGUCCGCUAACCCUCAUGC